CCUCUCUACAAGUGGACAUUGUUCCAAGCCAGGGGGAGAUCAGCGUUGGAGAAUCAAAGUUCUUCUUAUGCCAAGUGGCAGGGGAGGCCAAAUACAAAGACAUUUCCUGGUUUUCCCCUAAUGGUGAGAAGCUGACGCCGAACCAACAGCGCAUCUCAGUGGUGCGAAAUGAUGACUUCUCCUCCACCCUCACCAUCUACAACGCCAACAUUGAUGAUGCUGGCAUCUAUAAAUGCGUUGUCAGUAGCAUGGAGGAGGGAGACUCCGAGGCCACCGUCAAUGUGAAAAUUUUCCAAAAGCUGAUGUUCAAGAAUGCUCCCACUCCUCAGGAAUUCAAGGAAGGAGAUGAUGCUGUGAUUGUGUGUGAUGUGGUCAGCUCACUGCCUCCUACCAUCAUCUGGAAGCACAAAGGCAGGGAUGUUAUCCUAAAAAAAGAUGUUCGAUUUAUAGUCCUGUCCAACAACUACCUGCAGAUCCGGGGAAUCAAGAAAACGGAUGAAGGGACAUACCGCUGUGAGGGCCGGAUCUUGGCUCGUGGGGAGAUCAACUUCAAAGAUAUUCAGGUCAUCGUAAAUGUACCUCCGUCUGUGCGUGCCAGGCAGAGCACUAUAAAUGCCACUGCCAACCUCAGCCAGUCUGUCACCUUAGCAUGUGAUGCUGAUGGCUUUCCUGAGCCAACCAUGACGUGGACAAAGGAUGGAGAGCCAAUAGAAGAGGCCGAUGAUGAAGAGAAAUACAGUUUUAAUUAUGAUGGGUCUGAGCUCAUCAUCAAAAAGGUGGAUAAGAGCGAUGAAGCGGAGUACAUCUGUAUUGCUGAGAACAAGGCUGGCGAGCAAGAUGCCACCAUUCAUCUCAAAGUCUUUGCAAAACCCAAAAUCACCUAUGUGGAGAAUAAAACAGCCAUGGAGCUGGAGGACCAGAUUACACUGACUUGUGAGGCAUCUGGGGACCCAAUCCCUUCUAUCACUUGGAGAACUUCCACCCGGAACAUCAGCAAUGAAGAGAAGACCCUGGAUGGGCGCAUCGUAGUACGUAGCCAUGCCCGGGUGUCGUCCCUGACUCUCAAAGACAUUCAAUACACAGAUGCCGGAGAAUAUGUAUGUACAGCCAGCAACACCAUCGGGCAGGACUCCCAAGCCAUGUAUCUUGAAGUGCAGUAUGCCCCAAAACUUCAGGGCCCUGUGGCUGUCUAUACCUGGGAAGGGAAUCAAGUGAACAUCACCUGUGAGGUAUUUGCUUACCCCAGUGCUGUCAUCUCUUGGUUCCGCGAUGGACAGCUGCUUCCCAGCUCAAACUUCAGCAACAUCAAGAUCUACAACACUCCAUCAGCAAGCUAUCUGGAGGUGACACCAGACUCUGAAAAUGACUUUGGGAACUAUAACUGCACUGCUGUGAACCGCAUUGGCCAGGAGUCCUCAGAGUUCAUUCUCGUGCAGGCAGAUACUCCAUCCUCUCCUUCCAUUGACAGAGUGGAGCCAUAUUCCAGUACUGCCCAGGUGGAGUUUGAUGAGCCUGAAGCUACCGGUGGGGUGCCCAUCCUCAAGUACAAAGCAGAGUGGAGGGCACUGGGCGAGGGAGAAUGGCAUUCAAGGCUGUAUGAUGCAAAAGAAGCGAAUGUGGAGGGCAUGAUCACUAUCACUGGCCUGAAACCUGAAACAACCUACUCUGUGAGGCUGUCUGCUGUCAAUGGCAAGGGCGUGGGUGAGAUUAGCCUGCCAUCCGACUUCAAGACACAACCAGUUCGGGAACCCAGCGCACCUAAACUGGAAGGUCAGAUGGGAGAAGAUGGGAACUCCAUUAAAGUGAAUGUUAUCAAGCAGGAUGAUGGUGGCUCCCCAAUUAGACAUUAUCUGAUCAAAUACAAAGCUAAGCAUUCGUCAGAAUGGAAACCAGAGAUAAGACUUCCAUCUGGCAGUGACCACGUCAUGCUCAAGUCCCUGGACUGGAAUGCGGAGUAUGAGGUUUAUGUGAUAGCUGAAAACCAGCAAGGGAAGUCCAAACCAGCUCACUAUGCUUUCCGAACUUCUGCUCAGCCUACUGUCAUCCCAGCCAGCACUAGCCCAACAUCAGGCCUUGGGACUGCUGCCAUCGUAGGCAUUCUCAUUGUUAUCUUUGUGCUGCUCCUGGUGGCUGUGGAUGUCACCUGCUACUUCCUGAACAAGUGUGGCUUGCUGAUGUGCAUUGCUGUCAACUUAUGUGGCAAAUCCGGCCCAGGAGCAAAGGGCAAAGACAUGGAGGAGGGCAAAGCUGCCUUCUCGAAAGAUGAGUCCAAGGAGCCAAUUGUGGAGGUGCGGACUGAAGAGGAGCGGACGCCCAACCAUGAUGGGGGAAAACACACAGAGCCCAAUGAGACCACCCCGCUGACAGAGCCAGAGCACCCUGCUGAUACUGCAGCCACUGUUGAGGACAUGCUGCCUUCUGUAACUACGGGCACCACUAACUCUGACACUAUCACUGAAACUUUUGCCACUGCUCAGAACAGCCCCACCAGCGAGACCACUACGCUGACCUCCAGUAUUGCCCUGCCAGCCACGGCCAUUCCUGACUCAAACUCCAUGUUGCCUGGCCAGGCUACUCCAGCCAAAGGGGCAGCCACUUCAGUUUCUUCACCACCACCCUCUUCCACCCCCAAAGUGGCCCCCCUUGUUGAUCUCAGCGAUACCCCAAGCUCUACUCCAGCUACUAAUAAUUUGUCUUCAAGUGUCCUGUCUAACCAAGGUGCAGUGCUCAGCCCCAGCUCUGUUGCUAACGUGGCCAAGACCGCCAAAGUGGCAGCUGGUAACAAGCCAGCUGCCCCAAGCCCUCCAAACCUCACUAGUCCUCCAGCUCCAUCAGAGCCCAAGCAGGAGGUCUCAAGCACCAAGAGCCCUGAAAAGGAAGCUGUACAGCCCAGUACAGUGAAGAGCCCAACAGAGACAACCAAGAACCCAAGCAAUCUGAAGAGCGAGGCUGCUUCAGGCAGCACCACAAACCCCUCCCAGAAUGAGGACUUUAAAAUGGACGAAGGGACCUUCAAGACACCAGACAUUGAUCUUGCAAAGGAUGUUUUUGCAGCUCUUGGCACUCCUACUCCUGCCAGUGUGACUAGUGGGCAAGCUCGUGAGCUUGCUUCUUCCACUGCAGACAGCUCUGUACCUGCUGCACCUGCAAAGACCGAGAAAAUCCCAGUAGAAGACAAAUCUGAAGUGCAAGCAACGGAAACCAAGACACCUCCAGCAGAAGUCAAGACGGUCCCCAAUGAAGCCACACAAACAAACGAAAAUGAGAGCAAAGCAUGAUCAGCGACAGAUGAAAGCAAAUGACAGAACAACUUCACCCAAG